AUGGAGCAGCAUCAAUGGACAAGCCAGGUCACAAMAAACACUGCAAAAGAAAUCCUGCAGUUGCUAUGUGAUGGCUGUCAGGUUGAAAAUACAUCACAACUACUGGCUCCCAAUAGAAAGGAUGCUCUUUGCAAGUCACAGGUCUUUCAAAAUGGACUCCUAGAUAAUGUUCUUGAUAUUCUACUUACAAGACUUGAGUCAUGGCCAGCAUUGCAUUAUACAUCACACUGGUGUAUUACCCAAGUAAAGUAUCCAAAUCUUGGUGAUCACUUGGCCAAGCUUUUAACCCUUUCAUUAAAGCUCRCUGACAACCAUCAGGUCUGUCAUAAGGUUAUUGGUAUAAAGUGUUUAUAUCAUAUUAUGAAAAAUUCAAAUGCAGCUGAAAUUAUAUGGUAUGGUAGAUGUGAUGUUAUAUUUGAGUUGUUGCAAAGAUUAUUCUACCUCAGUGAGCCAGAACUUUUAGAAAUCCUGUACCCUUGUAUCAUACUAAUUUUACAAAUAUUCAAAACAAGAGACAAAGACAAAAUGACCCAGCAUUAUGACAAGGUUAUCCAGGUUGUCUUGACGUCAAUGGAGUAUGAAGCCAAGCAACCAUUGAGAAGGGUAUCUAUUGAUAUUAUAUCUUAA